GCAACAUCUAGCACGAAGCACCGGCCUUGUACGCAUCCUCCCUUCGCAUCGAGGAAUCGCGGGCCCACCGCGGCACCAAGGCCCCCCGCAUUCCGUCCCGCCGCGGCGUCGCUCCCUUGUUCUCUCCCGAGCCGUCCGCGAACCAACCCGUGCUACCUCCGAUUCUUCGCCUCGUCGUUCUUUCUAGAACCUCCGCUCCGCCUAAUCCCGAACGAGACUAGGGAGGUUCCAGCGCCGCCGGUGGGGGAGAUGGCGCUGGAGCUGAGCCUGGCCUCGGCUUCGCCGCCGGCGGGCGGCGGCUUGGCGCAGCCGCCGCCCCUCGCCCCACCCGGGAAGGAGCAGCAAGUGGCCGGCGUGGGGAUUCUACUGCAGAUCUCCAUGCUCGUGCUCUCGUUCGUCCUCGGCCACGUCCUGCGCCGCCACCGCUUCUACUACCUCCCCGAGGCCAGCGCCUCGCUUCUAAUUGGCUUAGUUGUUGGUGGCCUCGCUAAUAUUUCAAAUACAGAGACCAACACAAGGACGUGGUUCAACUUCCAUGAAGAGUUCUUCUUCUUGUUCUUAUUACCUCCGAUAAUAUUCCAGUCGGGUUUCAGCUUAUCUCCGAAACCAUUCUUUGCAAACUUUGGGGCUAUCGUAACUUUUGCAAUUCUUGGGACAUUCAUUGCUUCUGUUGUAACAGGAGUUCUUGUCUAUCUUGGUGGGCUGACAUUUCUAAUGUACAAACUUCCACUGGUUGAAUGCCUUAUGUUUGGUGCUCUUAUAUCUGCAACUGAUCCUGUCACAGUGCUAUCAAUAUUCCAGGAACUGGGUUCUGAUGUUAACUUGUAUGCUUUGGUGUUUGGAGAAUCUGUUUUGAAUGAUGCGAUGGCAAUUUCUCUUUACAGGACAAUGUCAUCAGUCAGAAGUCAUGCAGCAGGCGGCGAGAACUUUUUUAUGAUGAUUCUCCAAUUUCUCGAAACCUUUGUUGGUUCAAUGUCAUCAGGUGUGGGAGUUGGAUUUAUCUCUGCUCUUCUAUUCAAAUAUGCUGGAUUGGACGUUGAUAAUCUGCAGAACUUGGAGUGCUGCCUUUUUGUUCUCUUUCCUUACUUUUCGUACAUGUUAGCAGAAGGACUUGGCUUGUCAGGGAUUGUUUCUAUAUUAUUCACAGGGAUGGUUAUGAAGCAUUACACAUAUUCCAAUCUUUCAGACAACUCACAGCGCUUUGUUUCUGCCUUUUUUCAUUUACUAUCAUCUUUAGCUGAAACAUUUGUGUUCAUCUAUAUGGGUUUCGAUAUUGCCAUGGAAGAGCAUAGCUGGUCACAUGUUGGCUUCAUCUUCUUCUCAAUUAUAUUCAUAGUUGUUGCAAGGGCUGCAAAUGUCUUUUCUUGUGCAUACUUGGUUAACAUGUCUCGGCCAGAACAUCGCCGUAUACCUGUAAAACAUCAAAAAGCACUUUGGUUCAGUGGUCUUAGAGGGGCCAUGGCUUUUGCACUUGCUCUCCAAUCUGUGCAUGAACUUCCUGAAGGACAUGGAAAAACGAUAUUCACCACCACCACUGCCAUUGUUGUUUUGACGGUACUUCUCAUUGGAGGGUCGACAGGAACUAUGCUUGAAUCUUUGGAUGUUGUUGGAGAUGAAAACACAUCAAGAGAAAAUUACGAGGACAACAAUGGUUACAUGCCUCCAAGUUAUGAAGAAGGAACAUCCUCUGGAGGAGGAUUGAGAAUGAAACUCAAACAGUUUCACAAAAGCACAACAUCAUUCACUGCCCUUGACAAGAACUAUCUCACUCCAUUUUUUACCAGUCAGACAGAUGAUGAUAACGAUGACGACUUCAGUCAGCAACCCCAAAACCGAAGGCUAGCUUUUUAUGAUCAAUAGCGGAAUUUGAUACUCUACAUAUCAAGCUAAAUACACGGAGCAGAACUGACGUGCAUGACUGUCUAUGUGUGAUUUGGUCGAACAAAAUAUAGCAGGAGCAUACUUAGUUGAGUAGCAUAUGGCAGAGCAUAUCUGUAUACCGUAGGACAAAAAUCAUAAGGGUUCGAAUCAGUUGUUCCCAUGGGGGACGAGGAUGAUGAUAGCCAGGCAGCAUGUAUAUAUUUCUAGGCUUCCUUAAGAACUUAGUGGGGCUCCAGAUGAAAAGCAGUGUGUUGUUGGAAUUUUAUAGACCCUACCUUGUGUUAGGUUAAAUUUUAAUAAACCCGACCGUUUGUCCGCUAAGUCGGCUAUU